UUCCGCUUCCGGUUCUUCAUUCCGGAAGUUUCUUUCUUGGAUAGCGUGCUGGUCGGUGUGGUCUUUGUGAGAUUCCGCCAUGGCGUACCGCGGCCAGGGCCAGAAAGUGCAGAAGGUGAUGGUGCAGCCCAUCAACCUCAUCUUCAGAUACUUACAAAAUAGAUCCCGGAUUCAGGUGUGGCUCUAUGAGCAAGUGAAUAUGCGGAUAGAGGGCUGUAUCAUUGGUUUUGAUGAGUAUAUGAACCUUGUAUUAGAUGAUGCUGAAGAGAUUCAUUCUAAAACAAAGUCAAGAAAACAACUGGGUAAGGAUAUAGUCUUAUAUAAAUGUUUAUUCACUUCUAGAAUUGAAUGA